ACUCAAGGUUCAAUGGAAAUCGCUGGGGGGCUAACGUUAGGAAGGGCGACACUUUUUUGAUUUUCUCUCUUAAUUAUCAAGUAUUUUCGAGUCAAACAAAUUACGAAAAUUUAGAGGCAAAAUCCGUACUGAUCAAUGUCAUAUCUCGAUCUUACUCUUAGAUGCUAUUUUUUUCACUUCGCUUCAAUCGCGUAUCAUCAUUCUUUUCUAUGGUGUGUCAUUUAUACUUUUCUGAUACAGAAAAUAACGACUAUGACACGAUGUAUCACAACGUCGUUCACCGUCGAUGUCUUUCUGUGCACCACUGCAAUCGGAAUGCAGCAGCUUGCGGCCUACCAGCAGAGUAGCCACGCGCUCACUACCAUCGUCAAAUGAAUGUUCAAAUUGAAGUUCUUGGUCGGUUUACCCCACGCAAACGCUUUCGUCCAGCGGCAACCAAGCAUGCGGCAAGGUAAGAAUAACUUCAAUGAUGUCUAGAGAAGGUAUUGGGUCUUUAAAGAAGAUGUUGUUCGGGAAUGAUGUCACAAAGUGGCUCAAUUCGACGGAGUACGCACUGUACUAUUAAUUACGCAACAAUUAUGCAAAAUAAAAUACUGUACUGCUGU